AUGGACCCGGCAACCUUACCACCCUCGAAACCGACGCGCAAACGAAAGGCAGCUGUGAACUAUAGCGAGUAUGGCGAGAGCAACCACGAGGAUGAAUAUCAAUUGCCCGUCCAGAAGUCAAAGAAGGUGAAAAGGGAGGAAGAAGCGCCGAAGAGAUCCAAGAAGGGCAAGAAGGCAAAGGGCGAUAACGAGGCACCGCCUGAAGAGAAGCGUCUCCGCCGACACCGCGCACGAGCACCGGGCAGCUAUCUCGAAGUCAAGAAUCGCGCCCUCAUACAACGUCUGACCGUCCUGUCACGCGAGAGAUGCGGUACCAACGAGCUCCCCGAGGAGAAGGUGGUCAUUGCCGGCUCAACAGGCAAUGUGUACACCGUCAACGUUGGCCUCAUACCUAGCUGCGACUGCCCGCACGCCCAAAAGGGCAACCAAUGCAAGCACAUUAUAUAUAUAAUGUUGCGUGUGCUGAAGGCACGAGAAGACGUUGCAUGCCAGCUGGCGCUCACGGGCACUGAGCUGCGUGAGCUGAUCAAGAAUGCGCCGCUCAUCCCUGGUGUCGAAACAGACGGCAACGACAGGCCUGGCGAAGAACAGGACGGCAACCGCAAAACCAUCGAGGGUGAAUGUCCUAUCUGCUACGACGAGCUCGACUCCAGGAACGACGAGAUUGUAUACUGCAAGACGAGCUGUGGAAACAACGUGCACAAGGCUUGUAUGCAGUCGUGGAUUCAGGUGGCUGCGAGGGGCAGGGCAACUUGCCCGUACUGCCGUGCGACAUGGGAUACGGAGGAGGCCUUCAAUGGUACCCUGGGCAAUGUCAAUACAAAGGGAUUGCAGAGGAACGACGAUGGGUAUCUCAAUGUUGCGGGCCAGCUCGGUUUGAGCGGCGAGAGAGACCACUCGACCUACCACCAGUUUUGGGUGAGACGACAAUUUGGUCGCGGAUAUUGA